UAAACGAAUGCAAAAACUUUGACAUCAAGACACAGAAUCUUACCGUUUAUUUAAAUUUUUCUGUUUAGUAAUAAAUAAAGCCAGUGAAGUAUAAGAAAAAAGUGACCUAUGAAGGGAUUGCGAGAUAUUCGGUGGUUGCCAAAAUCGACUAGGAUUAAAAAUCAAAGCUGACUCAUAAACCACAAGUACAAGAGUAUAUGAUAUUAUAAAAUUUAAAUACACAUGACAAAUGACAUGCGUUAAAUUUUAAUCUUUUGUCCUUAACAUAAAAAUUUUACAAACGCUUAUGCCUGUAAACUUGGUUCAACUAAUAGAACACACUCAUACAUUUUUAACUCAACAAACCCUUAAAUACCGAAAAUCACGACAUGUUCAGCCACACUGCCAAUUCCCACGCGAAAAUAAUUAAUUCAGCAAUUUAGAGAAUUACCCACCCCAACAAUUUUUCCAUUAAACUUGCAAACCCCGUUCAACUCUAAGCCAAUUUAAACCAUUAAAUAUUAACCCCAAAGCACACACUCAAGUCUCAGCCAUCAAAAAUUAAAGCCCCAAUUACGCCACGGCGGUUUUUUUAGUUCAGCAAAAACCCAACAUGAGCAAGGUCGACUUUUCAGAUCCCCUUUUUUUCUUAAACGUGAUCGGAAUGCACCCCUUCAAAAAUGACCGCGUUUCGAAGUUAAGACGAGCGUUUUCACUCACAGUCUACGCGAUCACUAUUUUUUCUGGGGUGAUGGAGCUCGGCUUUAACUCUGAAGGAUUAGAAACGUAUGCUCGGGCUUCAGAGUCUAUGGUUCCUCAAACACAACUGGUGGUUAAAAUGGUCGUUUUGAUAGUCCAUAGGAGACAAAUUGGGCAACUUUUGAAAGACAGUGGACGAUUUUGGGCUUUAGAUGUAUUUGGAUCACAGUACAAAGACAGUUUUAGUAGGGUGCACCAUUUCUUAAAACGCUUUUUUCUUCUGUACAAGACCAUGAUUAUUUUCACGUGUUUGCAGUUUUUGGCGGUUAAAAUUGUUUUCAAAAUAAAGAAACCUGUCUGUAUCAGUUAUGGAGAGAGUGAAGGACUGGAAGCCCCCUAUGAGCAAAUGUACCUAAUCUUACAUAUUUCAAUUACACUAGUUUCUAUUAAUGUAAUCAAUGGUUUUGAUGGUCUAUUUUUUUAUUUUAUUGGCCACAUAUUGUCGGAAUUACAGAUGGUGAAGGUCGCCUUUGGAAACUACAACAUUGGAACUCCGUGGAACGAAAGGACGAGAUUUAGAAUGACCGCAAAACAUCACAGUCGUGUUUUAGAAUUUGUUCAAAAUUUCAACAGUGUAUUUUCUGUAGUUCUUUUGGUGCAACAUAUGUCUUGUCUUUUUGGAAUAUGCUUUGGACUAUUUCUUAUGAGCAAAGAUGGAUUACCACCAGAUGUAGAUCGUGCCAGCAAAUAUAUACCCUACAUAAUUUCGUUUAUUCUGCAGACUUUUACUUUUUGUUUUGGAGGCCAUAUCUUAACCGACUGGUCUUUAGAAAUACCGCAAGAAAUAUUUUACAACGACUGGGACAAAGAUUAUGAUUACGAAAACAGACUAGGGAGGGUAAUUUCUAUAAAAAGAGGGCAAAAAGCAGCCAAACUAACCCUUGGGGACUUUGGUGCUCUGGAUUUAGAAAGUUUUAAACUGGUCAAAACUACCAAUCCAGUUGUGGUGAAAGCGAAUUUAUUAUUUGUGUUUUAGGUUAUGCAAAAGGCGUUCUCUUUUUUUACUUUUAUAAAUACAAUGAUCGCUGAAGGUAACAACUGAUCUAGAAAUAUGAAAAUAGUGAAAUUUUUGACACAUGCACGUGUGGGUAUUUACAAUUUAGUUAUUUUUUCAUUUUCGUUAUCUGCAUUGAAGUUGUUGUGUGAGUUCUUGUAAUAAUGUGAUUAAUACUGUUAUUAAAUUACUUACCUGCUUUAUGUGUUUAC